AAUGACAGAAAUUGAAAACAAAAAAAAUAUAAAACCUGCUAUGUUAAAUAUGAAAAACUUUUAAAUAGCUGUAGGAGCUACUUUAAUUUUACAACCUUUAGAAGUUCUACAAACAUCAAUGAUAGCAACUGGAUAUUCAAAACAUAAUAUUAAUUUUAAAGGUUUAUCCCUUAUUGCCACCUAAAUAUAUAAUUAAGAAGGUUUAAGAGGGUUUUAUAGGGGCACAAUUUUAUCAAUCGCUAAAAAUACGGUAUCUUUCUCAUUUUUUUUCUCUGGCAUAGAAAAAUAUAGGUAAAUUUUUUAGUUUUAUAAAGAGCCCACCUACUCAUUAUCCAGUCUAUCUUUAAAGUAUUCUUAAUUUAAUCAUCGCCUCUUCAAGUAAAUUAGUUGGAACAGUAGCUUCAACACCAUUAGCUGUAAUGAGAACAAAAAUGUAAAUUGUUGGUAAUAAUGAAUACAAUAAGAUUGAUAAAUGUUUCAUGAAAAUUGCGAAAGAAGAAGGCUUUUUUGGGUUUUAUAGAGUAAAAAUUAUUUUAAAAAAAGGGUGUUAUUGCUGCAAUUUUAAAAGAUGUUCCUUUUUCUGGAAUUUAAUAUACAAUUUAUAGAAAUUUAUUAAAUUUUUGUGGUUUAUUUACAAAAGAUUAGGAUCCAAAGAAAAAUUCAAUUAUUGUAGCAACUUGUGGUUCAAGUGCUGCAAUGUUAGCUAUUUUAGUCACAUAUCCAUUUGAUAACUUAAGAAUUAGAUAAUAAGCGUAAAACAAGAGUGUAAUUAAUAAUAUAUCUUAGACUAAUUUACUUCAAUUAGCAAAGACAAUUAAAGCUGCUGAAGGUUUGAAAGGAUUUUAUUAAGGUUAUUUACCUAGAUUAAUUAAAAAGUGUAUAUAGAGUGGAGUCUUAUGGAUGGUAUAUGAAAAGUUAGCUUUAAAACAAAAGAAGAAAAACAUGGAAUAAUGAAUGAG